ACUGAAUAUUUUACGGCGUGGGGUUCUCCAGGGUGGCAGCGUUUCUUUGUUAUGUUGGGGGAAAAAAGCACCGUUUGGGAGAAAGCAGAGGCCGGGGGCGUUCUCGGGGUGCGUUCCCCUGCCGCUGAUUCAUGCUUUGUCGCCGGAAAGCUCGGCAGUGCGCACCCAGCUGACAGCCCAGAGGUGGGAUCAGGCCAGGCUUUGGUUAAUCCCCUCCCCGCGGCCAGGCUUUAUAAUCCCCUCGUGCCACCCGUCACAGCACCCAAGGGUGCCCGGUGCCGCCGGCAUGGCCCAGCAGCGCCGUGUCCACCUCUGCACCCAGCGCCCCACCAGCACCGUCUGCGUGCUGGGCACCGAGCUCUCCCUGGACGUGCUGGGGUCGGCACCCAGAGAUGCCGUUGCCUUCCACGUGCAGGGGACGCCGGGCGUGAAGGUCUACGUGGUGCACGAGACGCAGAGCGUGAAGCUGCCCUCCAGCGUCUGCCGCUGGCCCCUGGCCGCCAGCACCGAGGUGCUGCUGACCAUGGAGGCGCUCAGCAAGGACGUCGGCGAUGAAAAGGUCAGGAUUUCCUAUUUUGGGGAAGCCAGCGGGGUGCCGGUGGGCAGAGCCAUGCUGUACCUCACCUGCGUGGACGUCUCACUGGACGCCGACACCAGCCGCAGCGGGUCGGUGGGCAGGACGCUGAUGGACAAGGCCACAUGGACGUGGGGUCCCGAUGGGCACGGCGCCAUCCUGCUGGUCAACUGUGACCGCGACGACCCCAAGAGCCGGGUGAUGGAUAACAGCGACACCACCGUGCGCUCCUACGAGGACCUGAAGGACAUGUCGCAGAUGGUGCUGCGGACGCGUGGUCCCCGCACCAUCUUCACCGGCCACCGCCUGGUCCUCCACGUGGAUUUCGGCCAGGCUGACAAAGUCGGCGUUUUCUACGGCGGCAACAGCGUCUCGCUGGAGGAGUACAAGCAUGUGCUGGGGGGCGAGAAGCUCGCCUACGCCGUGAAGCCCAGCCGGCACCAGGAGGAGAGCAUCUUCUUCGUGGAAGGGCUCUCCUUCCCCGACGCCGGCUUUCCAGGGCUGGUGUCCUUCCACGUCACGCUGCUGGAGAGCCCCGAGAAGGGCUUGCUGGAGAUACCGAUCUUCACGGACACGGUGGUUUUCCGCGUGGCUCCUUGGAUCAUGACGCCCAACACCCUGGCGCCGCUGGAGGUCUUCGUGUGCAGUGUGGAGGACAACGAGGACUUCGUGGCAGCCAUCAGCGCCUUGGCCGAGGAAGCCAAGUGCCCCGUGACCAUCUGCCCGCUGCCGGAGAACCGCAACGACCGCUGGAUCCAGGAUGAGGUUGAAUUUGGCUAUGUGCAAGCCCCCCAUAAGACGUUCCCUGUGGUCUUCGACUCUCCCCGGGACCUAGGGCUGAAGGAUUUCCCCAUCAAGAGCAUCCUGGGCCCUGAUUUCGGCUACGUGGCUCGGGACGCGCUGAAGGAUGCCUCCAGCCUCGACUCCUUCGGCAACCUGGAGGUCAGCCCGCCGGUGACGGUGGGGGGCAAGGAGUACCCGCUGGGCCGCAUCCUCAUCGGCAGCAGCUUCCCCAGGUUUGGCGGCCGGCGGAUGGCCAGGGCCGUGCGGGAUUUCCUCGUGGCGCAGCGGGUGCAGGCGCCCGUGGAGCUCUACUCCGACUGGCUCCACGUCGGGCACGUCGAUGAGUUCCUCAGCUUCAUCCCCGCUCCUGAUCGGAAGGGUUUUCGGCUGCUCCUGGCCAGCCCCAGCGCCUGCUACCAGCUCUUCAAGGAGAAGCAGGAGCAGGGUUUUGGGGAGGCAGCGAUGUUUCAGGGACUGCAGGCGGUGCCCAAGCCAACCAUCAACGAGAUCCUGGCUAACGAAGGGCUCCGGAAAUUCAACAGCUACGUGCAGAACUGCAUCAGCUGGAACCGGGACAUCCUCAAGCGGGAGCUGGGGCUGGCCGAGCAGGACAUCAUCGACAUCCCCCAGCUCUUCCAAGGCGAUGAGCAAGCCCGCGCCCACGCGUUUUUCCCUGACAUGGUGAACAUGCUGGUGCUGGGCAGGCACCUGGGCAUCCCCAAACCCUUCGGGCCACUGGUGGCCGGGCAGUGCUGCCUGGAGGAGCGCGUGCGGGCGCUGCUCGAGCCCCUGGGGCUCUCCUGCGCCUUCAUCAACGACUACUUCUCCUACCACGUCCUCUCCGGAGAGGUGCACUGCGGCACCAACGUCCGCCGCAAGCCCUUCGCCUUCAAGUGGUGGCGCAUGGUGCUCUGAGCCACCCUUGGCUUUCCUCCUUUUUGUUUUUCCCCCCCCCAAAUCCUUCUCCCCAUGCCUGCAAGUGCCUUCAGCAGCGGUGGCCCCCCAGGUUCUAGUUGGAAAUAAACCAGGGCUGCGGCUUGCUCCCAGCUUCCUGCCUCUUCCUGGGCGCUCAGGCUUGAA